AUGGACGCGAUGCAGACGGGCAGCGUGGCCGCGGCGCAGCGCCGCGCGGAGUUGGAGCAGGCGGUGCAAGAGCGCGAAGCGGCGCUGAAGACGCUGCGCGAUGAACUGGCGGCGGUGGAUCAGGAGAAGCAGGCGAAGUCGAAUCAAAUCAUGGAGGAGACGCGCACGCAGCUGGACAACUAUGUGACCACGCCGCAGGGACAGGCGAAGCUGAACAAGGCGGUGGAUAUGCUGAUCUGCAAGGGCAAGCCGGCCCCGGAGGCGAGAGAACAGUCCUAUUUGUACUUCUUGAAGAAGAUGAGCUCGCAGAAGGAAAAGCGACUCGAGGAGGAGAUGGAUAAAAAGAAACAGGAAAUUAUGGACAGGAUUACCCAGAUGGAGAACGAGAAAAUAGCCUUCGAGGAAGAGCUGAAGACGCUUUGA